GCCACCAGCUGCCAUUGUAGAAGAAGGCAUGGAACUGUAGACCAGAGAUCAGGAUGGGAGCUUCCUCAGCAGUGGCAACAUGUCCCGGCCCAGCAGCAGAGCCAUUUACUUGCACCGGAAGGAGUACUCCCAGAACCUGACCUCAGAGCCCACCCUCCUCCAGCACAGGGUGGAGCACCUGAUGACAUGUAAGCUGGGGACACAGAGAGUCCAGGAGCCCAAGGAUGCCUUGCAGAAGCUGCAGGAGAUGGAAGCACAAGGCCGAGUAUGGAGUCAAGACCUGAUCCUGCAGGUCAGGGAUGGCUGGCUCCAGCUGCUGGACAUCGAGACAAAGGAGGAGCUGGACUCUUAUCGACUUGACAACAUCAAGGCCUUAGAUGUGGCACUGAACACCUGCUCCUACAACUCUAUCUUGUCCAUCACUGUGCAAGAGUCUGGCCUGCCAAGCACCAGCACGCUGCUUUUCCAGUGCCACGAAGUGCAAGCAGAGCGAUUGAAGACAAGCCUACAGAAAGCUCUGGAGGAAGAGACAGAACAAAGCAAACCUAAAUUUGGAGGCCUUUAUCAUCCAGGCCAGAACAGAUGGAGAGGGCCUUUUCUGGAAAGGCCCUUUCCUAUAGAUCAGGCACCCUCUGUGGAGUGGGGAUCCUCACCAGAACAACUCCACCAGAUGACUCCAGAACACAGCCUCCCACCAUCUCCAAAACCCCUGCUACGCUACCACAGUACUCAAGAACCAAAUGCCUUCACUCCACCCCCUCCAAGGAGGAGCCCAUCCCCUGAGGACCCUGAGAGAGAUGAGGAGAUACUCAAUCACACCCUAAAGGACAUCGAGCUAUUCUCAGGGAAGCUGAAGGAGAUCCAGGGAAAAGCCAAUCACAAGAAGAAGAAGAAGGCCUGGAAAAAAAAGAGCAAGAAACAGGGUGGAAUCCCACAGGAGCAUUUCAUUGACUGCUUCCAGAAGAUCAAAUUGAGCUUCAACCUCUUGGGGAAACUGGCCAUCAGGAUGCAGGACACAAGUGCCCCAGAAUUCGUGCACAUCAUCUUCCAAACUCUGAACUUCAUCCUGUCGCAGUGCCCUGACCCUGGCCUGACAGCCCAGGUGGUCUCACCUCUGCUCACUCCCAAAGCCAUCAAUCUGCUGCAGUCCUGUCUAAGCCCAAAUGAAAGUAACUUCUGGAAGGGGCUGGGUGCAUCCUGGACCAUCAGCCGGGAUGACUGGACAGGCACUGAGCCCUCACCUUACCAACCCACAUUCUAUGAUGGAUGGCAGCCUCCAGAGCCCUCCUCUCCGGCACCCUUAAGACACCAGGACUCCUUUUCUAGGCCUAGGUCAGAGAGCACCUCACACUUUGCUCGGGAAGAGACAAACAGCCAUGGUCUUCAACCUUGGGAUGUCAACCUCCAUCCCAGACCCACCAAGCCCAUCCUGAAGAUGCAGGUGCUAUAUGAGUUUGAAGCAAGGAACCCACAGGAACUGACUGUGCUCCAGGGAGAGGUGCUAGAGGUCCUGGACCAGAGCAAGCGGUGGUGGCUGGUGAAGAAUGAGACUGGACAGCGUGGCUACAUCCCCAGCAACAUCCUGGAGCCCCUGCAGAUGGGGGUCCCUGGGAGUCAGGGCCAGUCACCCCCUCGGGCUCCAAUGCUUCGAAUGAGCUCCAAGCCUGAGGAGGUCACAGCCUGGCUGAAAGCAGAGAACUUCUCCACUAUCACGGUGAAGAGCCUUGGGACCCUGAUGGGAAGCCAACUACUUCGCAUGCGACCUGGAGAGCUGCAGAUGCUGUGUCCACAGGAGGCCCCAAGGAUUCUGUCCCGGCUGGAGGCUGUCAGAAGGACACUGGGAAUAAGUCCUUAGGCAACAGCUCAGACACUUCCAAGACUAAGGAGCUCUCAGAUGCAAGAUGGAGCAUGUGGUCCUCUUUAGAGCCCCAAGAAUUCCUCUUCCAGCUUCCCAGCUCAUGGCAAACCACACAUUUCAGCAAAGAGAUGAAUAGGUCCAGAUACUGCAGCAAAUGGUACCUUUCUUACUGUGCUGGAGCCUGCCUCAGUUACUGCCUAUUUAUUUUAUCCCUUUCCUAAGCCUGGCUCAA